AUGGUGACAAAGUUCUACCAGCACAUCCUGGCUUUGGCAUUUGCCAUAAAUGUUAUCAAUGAGAAUCCCAAGAUCUUACCCAAUGUGACCCUUGGCUUCCACAUCUGUGACAGCUACUAUGAUGCAAAAUUGACCUAUCGCACCACUUUGGAAGUAGUCUGCAAAUUGCACAGGUUUGUUCCCAACUAUAGAUGUGCCACUCAUAAAAACCUAAUAGCCGUUAUUGGGGGACUCGUCUCUGAUGUCUCCUACCACAUGGCAGACAUCCUAAGUCUCUACAAAAUUCCACAGCUGCACCUGUUUCUUCAAGGCAUUUUGUUUAACAACUCAGCAGGUGAAAAGGUGUCUUUUAAUGAUCACGGGGAGUUUGUACCCAGCUUUGACAUAAUGAAUAUGGUCAUAUUCCCAAACAAUUCCUUUCUAAAAAUAGAAGUUGGAAGAGUGGUUCCCCAUGCUCUUGAAGGGGAACAAUUCACCAUCAACGAGGAUCUCAUCGUUUGGCACAGAAACUUCAAUCAGGCGGUCCCUGUUUCUGUAUGUAGUGAUUCCUGCCCCCCUGGUCAGCAGAAGAAAAAAGAGGAAGGGAAGAAAUUUUGCUGUUUCGGUUGUGAUUUGUGCCCAGAAGCAAAGUUUUCAAACCAAACAAACCUGAAAGAAUGCUUCAGAUGCCCAGAAGAUCAAUAUCCAAACAAGAAUAGAGACAGAUGCAUCCCCAAAGUGAUAACCUACCUUUCUUAUGAAGACUCUUUGAGAAUCAGUUUCACUUCAGCUGCUCUUUCUUUUUCACUCGUCACAGCUUUGGUGCUCAUAACUUUUAUAAGACACCAAGAUACCCCCAUAGUCAAAGCCAACAACAGAGACCUCACCUAUGCUUUCCUCAUUUCCCUCCUACUCUGCUUCCUCUGUUCCUUACUCUUUCUUGGGCAACCCAGGAAGUUGACCUGCUUUUUACGACAAUCUGCUUUUGGCAUCAUCUUCUCAGUGGCUGUUUCUUGUGUGUUGGCCAAAACCAUCACGGUGGUUGUUGCUUUCAUGGCCACCAAACCAGGGUCCAGCAUGAGGAAGUGGGUGGGGAAAAGACUGGCCAACUCCAUUGUGUUUUCCUGCUCAAUUAUUCAAGCAGGCAUUUGUGUGGUGUGGCUUGCAACAUCUCCCCCAUUCCCAGAUAUGGACCACUCACAGACUACAGAGAUUAUAGUUGAAUGCAACGAAGGUUCCGUCCUCAUGUUUUAUCUUGUCCUGGGCUACUUGGGCCUUCUGGCUAUCAUCAGCUUAACUGUGGCUUUCUUGGCUAGGAAGUUGCCAGACACAUUCAAUGAAGCCAAGUUUAUCACCUUCAGCAUGUUGUUGUUUUGCAGCGUUUGGGUGUCCUUCGUCCCAACCUACCUGAGCACCAAGGGCAAAUACAUGGUAGCUGUGGAGAUUUUCUCCAUCUUGGCCUCAAGUGCUGGUUUACUGGGCUGUAUCUUUUUCCCCAAAUGCUACAUUAUUAUGCUGAGGCCCGAACUGAACAGCAAGGAACAACUAAUAAAAAGAAAGUUUUAG